AUGAGGGUAUGUUUGGGUGCUAUGAGAUCAACCCCUAUACAACCCUUAUAUGUUGAAGCCGCUGAGCUACCAUUUGAAAAUAGAAGAAACUUUUUAAGUGAAAAAAGCCUUCUUAAAAUUUUAUUAACUAACUCCCAGUUAUUCUCAAGCGUCCGUCAACUUAACGAGGCAGAUCUUACAAACAAAUAUUUGGAGAAAAAACCUUCCCCGCUUUUAUGCAUGGCAUUACAGAAUAAUCCUAUUUUUUUGAAGAAAUUGCACAUGGUUGACAGAAGCUUAGACUACUUCUCUUUAUUCCACAGAACUGAGGUUCCCACUUAUAGUAAGAAAACCAUUAUGAGUAGCAAUCUUCUAAUAUCUCUACUGCAGGGUUACAGUAAUAUACACGGACGCAUCAAAAACAACAGAAGGGACUGGAUGCGCAUACUUUUUACCUGCUACAAACGUAG